GGGGUGUUUUCGUCAUUGACACUGUACGAGAACCCUACUUUAGUUUCAGGUUGUGGUUUCCUCUUGUCAGUUCGGUGGGUUUUGUUUUGUCUGAGAAAGGUCAUCCUUCAUCGUUUCUGCUUCGAUCUACUCGGAAUGAAUCUUGGAGUGAAGAUGGUGCCAAAGAAGAUGGCGGUUCUCUACCAUUACCCUUGCCAUGACGGUGUUUUUGCUGCCUUGGCUGCUCAUCUCUACUUCUCAGCAAACUCAAUCCCUUCGAUUUUCUUCCCAAACACAGUCUACUCUCCUAUCACAAUGAGCCAGCUUCCUCUCCAAGAUAUCAGCCAUCUCUAUCUUCUUGAUUUCACAGGACCGCCAGGUUUUGUCCAACGAGUCUCUCCCAACGUUGACAAUGUAGUCAUCCUCGACCACCAUAAAACCGCUAUUGAGAGCCUCGGUGAUGUCUCUUCCACUUGCAAGAACGUCACCAAAGUUUUGGACGUAGGGAGAAGCGGCGCCACCAUUGCGUUUGACUAUUUUACUCGGAAGCUGAUGGAAGAGUCUCGAGGAAACUGCAGAGAGAUGAAUGAUUUCAGGAGAAUGAGGCGUGUUUACGAGUACAUUGAAGACGCAGAUAUCUGGAAGUGGGAACUACCAGAGAGCAAAGCAUUCAACAGCGGGAUCGUGGACUUAGGGAUCGAAUACGAUCUCAAUCAGAACGAGUCACUGUUUCAGCAGCUACUCUCGUUGGAUCAUGAAAGCGUGAUCAAAAGAGGGAAAGAGAGUUUGUCAAGGAAACAUAAACUGAUUCAGGAGGCGCUGGAACAGUCCUACGAGAUUGUUCUUGGAGGUGAUGAAGAGUUUGGUCGGUGUUUGGCUGUAAAUGCAGAUGAGAUUGCAGAGCUUAGAAGCGAACUAGGGAAUCAAUUGGCUGAGAAGAGCGGGCGUAUGAGAUUACGAGGCGUUGGAGCUGUUGUUUACAGAGUCCCAGAGCUUGAGGAUGAGACAAAACUGAAAAUAAGUUUGAGGAGUGUUGCAGAAGAAGACACAACACAGGUUUCACAGAGAUUCGGAGGUGGUGGUCAUAAAAACGCAAGCUCCUUCCUGUUAAGCUCAGUGGAGUUGGAGCUAUGGAAGGUGAAAAGAUACUCUUCUUCUAAUACAUUAUUGAAGUAGAGACAUGUUCUCUCAAUGAGUUACUUCAACUCUUUAUAGUUUUGACAAAUUUUUGGUUCUCCUAUCCGGUUGAUUCAGAUUUGGUGUUGAUCUUA